UGUUUUUCUUUUUUUCAUGUCGAAAACGGUAUUGGGGACCGGGGGGCGGGACUCCCCCCAUCCCGGACGGAACUCUGGAAUGCACUGUCUCGGACUUCCCAACUUCAGGGGACCCAAACGUCCCCAACGCACGUACAUAUGCAGGCCAGAAGGGCAGAAAGGGCAUUGCCUCCGCAGAUGAGAGGUCGCCCAUUUCUCUGUCCGGCUUGGACUUACAUGUACCGGGAGCUAGGGGGAGAGCUCUUUGCUGUCCCCCCCCCCCCCCCCCCCCCCCC